ACCAUGUCCACCCACACAAAGUGGUUCAAAGGGGCGCCCUUCGGGGUGCAGAGCCACAGGUUUGAUGUCUCUGCUGUUUAUCCCAACCAGAAGAAGUUAAGCACCUUCACAGAGGCCCCGUACUCCAGGCAUCAUUCUAUGGAACAGUCCCAUAUAGGACCUGGGACCUAUAACUCCAAGGAUACCUGCUUCAGCAAGAAGUUUCUGGAACAGAAGUUGGGCUCAGGUUGGGCUCGGGCCCAGGAAGCCACUCGACUAACCCAGCUACCCCACUUCCAAUACCAAAGUAUCAUAAAGGAAAGACAGCAGCAGGUGCACAAGCUGGGACCUGGCUCUUACAACUUCAAAGACUUCUUAACCCAGAUGCAGCAGAAACCACAGAGCAAGCGGGGGCUGCUCAGCUCUGGGGAGAUGCGCUUCCGAGGACUCAUCGGGAACUAUUAUCCAGGCCCUGGAAAUUAUGGGGAGAAGGGUAAUCCAUACACACGGCUGGAGGAGAAUGCCUGGAACCGCUCACAUUCCGAGGGCCUUAUGUGUAGGAUGUCCAACAAGCCGCCACCCUUGUCUCACCAGGGCAGUGGUCUGGGACCUGGUACCUACACCAUCAAAAGUGGCAUCGAGAGCUUCGUGAACCGAUCCACUGGUACUCGUGGCCCCUACGACAUUUUCUCUGGCGAACGAAGCAAGCCUAUGCCCUACGGACAUUAUGCCAUGCAGAGAAAGAAGUCCAGGGAGUUGACAAAUUUCAAGAGCUUCGUGGAGGAACUCAACUCACGUCACAACAAGAAACGUGGCGCUUUUUCGAAACUUCCCCGAGAACCGAAACACCCCACAGAGAGAAUUUUUUGGACUACCCUUAGUCAGUACCCCAGAAAUAUGGAUAUAGCUGGCCCUGGUUCUUAUCUUCCUCAUGAGACGGAACAGAAACACGUCAACCGGCCGCCAUUCCUCCUGGCCUCCAAGCGGUCAGGCAAUAAGGCCCAACAGAUGAUUUUCGGAAGCUGGAACCCAGUUGGGGUAGGCCGCUACCUCAACACCACACUGAUGGAGACCAAAGACAGAAGGCAGCGAUUCCGCUCUCUGUUCCUGAAUGGACCCAAGCGCUACCCGCUAGACCCAACCCGAGACAAACUCUUGCAGGAACGGAUCACACCUUUUAUGAAGGGCAAGUGCCCUCCAACUGUGGAUUACAAUUCGGAUCCUACUCCUUAA